AUGGCUGCACUGAGUUGUCUUUUGGACAGUGUGAGAAGGGACAUCAAGAAGGUGGACAGAGAGCUGAGGCAGCUGCGAUGCAUCGACGAGCUCAGCGCGCGGUGCCUCUGCGACCUGUACGUGCACCCCUACUGCUGCUGCGACCUGCACCCCUACCCCUACUGCCUGUGCUACGCCAAGCGGCCGCGCUCCUGCGGCCUGUGCGACCUCUACCCAUGCUGCCUGUGUGACGUGAAGCUUUACUGUCUUCGCCCGUCUCUCAGGAGUCUGGAGAGGAAAGCCAUUAGAGCGAUAGAGGAUGAGAAGAGAGAGCUUGCCAAACUGAGAAGAACAACAAAUAGAAUUCUGGCGUCCUCUUGCUGUAGCAGUAACAUUUUAGGAUCGGUGAACGUGUGCGGCUUUGAACCGGAUCAAGUCAAGGUUAGAGUGAAGGACGGAAAGGUGUGCGUGUCGGCCGAGCGCGAGAACAGAUACGACUGCCUGGGGUCGAAAAAAUACAGCUACAUGAACAUCUGCAAAGAGUUCAGCUUGCCCCCGUGCGUGGACGAGAAGGACGUGACAUACUCCUACGGGCUCGGCAGUUGCGUCAAGAUCGAGUCUCCCUGCUACCCUUGCACGUCUCCCUGUAACCCCUGUAACCCCUGUAGCCCCUGUAGCCCCUGUAACCCCUGUAACCCCUGCAGCCCCUGUAGCCCCUGCAGCCCCUGUAACCCCUGUGACCCCUGUAACCCCUGCUAUCCUUGUGGGAGCCGGUUUUCCUGUAGGAAGAUGAUCCUGUAA